UACACGUAGUACACGUCUGUUAGUUGGACGUGUACAUGUACACAGUAAUGUCCGUCUGCCGGUUCAGUUGUAGUUGCUGAAUAGUUAUCACACCAGGGUAAAGAAAUGGCUGGGGAAAUGUCCGCAAUUGGCUCCGUUAUUCUGGCUUUAUUCCUGGCUGGCUAUCUCGGACAACAGUAUCUGCCUCCUCCUAAACCCCGGGUGAUUGGACUAGAUCUCGGGACCACAUUUUGCUCAGUGGGAGCGUUCCAGCCGGGAACAGGAGAGGUGGAGGUCAUCGCAGACGAUAGGGGUAGAAAAAGCAUCCCAAGCGUGGUGUCCUUCAAUGGCACUGGCAUUUAUGCUGGACACGAAGGCCAGGAAUUAUCUGACAUCAAUCCACAAAACACGAUUUAUGAUGCCAAGAGAUUUAUAGGAAAGACUUUUGACCAGGAGACUUUGGACAAAGAGAGUGCACGUUACCCAUUCAAGGUAAUGCUCAACAACGGGACUGCAGAGUUUUUUGUGUCUACGAACGGUACUUUCACAGCGAGUCCAGAGUUCAUCGGAUCUCGCCUUCUGUUGAAAUUAAAAAAGAUGGCAGAGCAGCAUCUGGGUGUUCCCAUUGAGAAAGCGGUUAUAUCUGUGCCUGCAGAGUUUGAUGAAAUGCAGAGAAACUACACGAUCAGAGCUGCCAACCUGGCUGGGUUAGACAUCUUAAGGGUUAUCAAUGAGCCCACAGCAGCAGCGAUGGCCUAUGGUCUGCAUAAAGUGGAUGUGUUUAAUGUACUUGUGGUGGACCUGGGAGGAGGGACACUGGAUGUAUCUCUACUCAACAAGCAGGGUGGCAUGUUUCUUACCAGAGCCAUGGCAGGUAAUAACAAGUUGGGAGGGCAGGACUUCAGCCAGCGCUUGUUCCAGUACACCAGUGAGCGGGUGCUCCAGCAGUACGGAGUGGCCCCCACGCUGAAGGAGGAUGUCCAUCGGCUCAGACAGGCCGUAGAGGCAGCCAAGCUCAGACUGACUGUGGAGCCCCACGUAACUCUCAAAGUUCCUCUCCAUCUGCAGAUCACCGGAGCCGAGGGUCCGCAGGAGAAGCAUGUUGUGUUCGAAGAGGAGAUGACCCGCGAGCUCUUCGAAGACCUUAAUGCAGACCUCUUCCAGAAGAUUCUUGCUCCCAUUGAGACCGUUCUGGUAGAGGGGCGUCUAGAUAAGGACGAAAUCGAUGAAAUUGUUCUAGUAGGGGGCUCCACGAGGAUCCCCCGUAUUCGUCAGAUUAUCAGCCAGUACUUUGGUAAGGAGCCAAACACGUCUGUGGACCCUGACCUGGCUGUGGUGACUGGAGUGGCCCUCCAGGCAGGCAUCAUGGGAGGGGCCUGGCCGCUGCAGGUCAGCGCCAUUGAGAUUCCAAACAGGGAUCUGCGUAAGACGAAUUUCAGCUGAGAACAUAGUAUAGCUGUGGUUGUUACUGGAUCAUUCAUCAGAUACCUGUGCCCAAGCAACAAGCUUAGCGAGUGGCUAAAAUACAUGUUUCUUUGUUUUGCUUCCUCAAAUGCGGUGGCAGAAUGCAGCUAUAAUUAUAAAUUAUUGAGGAUGUGGCAUUAGCAUGGAGUAGUGUGAACUCUUUAAACUACUACAUUCUCAAUUUGAGUCAAGAAUACUUCCCCCAUGUUUAUGUGGACAUUGACAAAAUGUACUGGUUACUCAACAAACACUCAUACUCCUCUAGCAAUUAAAGCAUGCUUAAAUUAGAA